CAGACAUCACACAUCCACAGAAACCCACGGACACCAGACACCCACGGACUCGGCUUCCAGAAGGUUCUAACGUUCAGCUGCGCUGGUACUGACCCAGAACCAGCCUGGAACAAGAGUUUGGACCAAAGUCCAGAUUUGCUGCGCUGCGGUUCUAGGUUCCUCCAGCAGGGGGCGCCUCAGCGAGCAGGGAAGAGGAGCAGGAGCCUUCCUCAGCGCACUCUGACCGAGGAAGAGGAGCAGGAGCCUUCCUCAGCGCACUCUGACCGAGGAAGAGGAGCAGGAGCCUUCCUCAGCGCACUCUGACCGAGGAAGAGGAGCAGGAGCCUUCCUCAGAGCACUCAGACUGAGGAAGAGGAGCAGGAGCCUUCCUCAGCGCACUCUGACCGAGGAAGAGGAGCAGGAGCCUUCCUCAGAGCACUCAGACUGAGGAAGAGGAGCAGGAGCCUUCCUCAGCACACUCAGACCGAGGAAGAGGAGCAGGAGCCUUCAUCAGCGCCCUCAGACCGAGGAAGAGGAGCAGGAGCCUUCAUCAGCGCACUCAGACUGAGGAAGAGGAGCGGGAGCCUUCAUCAGCGCCCUCAGACUGAGGAAGAGGAGCAGGAGGUCCAGGUGGAGUCAGAUCAUGGCGCCCAGCAGGAUGGAGACCAAACCGCUGAUCUUCUUCCUGAAGAUGCUGCUGCUGCUCUACUCCUUCAUCUUCUGGGUGACAGGUGUGGUCCUGCUGUCGGUGGGCCUGUGGUGGAAGUUCAUGCUGGGACCCUACACGCUGCUGAUCUCCAGCAGCCCCCCCAACGCGCCCUACGCGCUGGUCGCUACCGGCGCCGCCAUCAUCCUGUUCGGGCUGUUCGGCUGCUUCGCCGCCUGCAGGGGGCGCCCCUGGAUGCUCAGACUGUACGCCGUGCUUCUGGCUCUGGUCUUCGUGACGGAACUCGUCGCUGGAAUCUCUGGAUUCGUCUUUCGUCACGAGAUUAAAGGAACCUUUUUGGCUUCGUACUCGGAUGCUGUGAAGUGGUACAACGGGUUCGAUGAGAGGAGCCAGGCUGUGGACGGGGUCCAGAGCAGACUGCGCUGCUGUGGAGUUCAGAACUACACCAGCUGGUUCAGCAGCGCGUACUUCCCUAACAACGGUAUUCCUGCCAGCUGCUGUGUCAGUUUCCUGGAAUGCAGCAAAGCCGACCUGAAGAACGCCACUCUGGCUGCCCACAAAGUCUACCGACAGGGCUGUUAUGAGCUGGUGGUGUCCUUCAUAGAGAGCAACAUGGGAGUCAUCGCUGGGCUGACAUUUGGCAUCGCCUUCUCUCAGGUGGUCGGGAUGUCUCUGGCCUGCUGCUUGUCCCACUUCAUCACCACCAACCAGUAUGAGAUGGUGUGACAGGUGAGCUGAGCACAGGUGUGUUUCCCUCACCUGCCCAGCGGGGAGUCCUGACCUGCAUCUUCCGUCUCCUAGCAACCUGAGGGAGGACGUCACCGUGGAAACCUGCAGAAACUCCUUGUUUCUUGUAUUUAUUGUUUUACAUUUGCAGUAUCUACAUGCGCCCAGCAGGGGGCGCCGCUGCAUCGUACAGAUACAGACCAGUGUGAUCGGUGCAUAAAAGCAACAUUUCCUGUUUAGAAAAUAAAAAUAUCUGGGAGUGAAGCUGAGCUCA